AUGCCUCCCCACGACCCUCUCGCCGACCGCCUCGCCGCCAUCCCCGAAGCGUACAGAGACGUCUUCACCCGCCUCGUCUCCUCCGCCCUACACCCGGAGCUGAACGUCAACCGCCGCCGCAAAGCCCCUGUCACAGGCACGAGCACGAGCACGAAGAAACGCUCCUCGACCGACGCGCAGCUUGACGUUAUCGACGUCGACGCCGAGGAUGACCACCACGACAACGAUAAGGAAAACAGGUCGUCGCGCGGGGGCCGGUCUUCUGUUAACAAGAACUGCGAUGAGGUCCGCCAGGAGAUUCGCGACUUUCUGGACGCGCGGCAGAUGCAGCCGGGACAGUUUCAACGGCUGAUCGGCGUGUCGGCGAAGUCGUAUCGGGAUUUUGUGGGUCAUAGUGGUCCCGAGAAGGGGGCGAGGUCGGUCACGUUUGUUAAGGCGGGGGAGUUCUUUCGGGGGUUCGAGGAGGGGAGAAGGAAGAGGGCGAAGACGGCUACGGCGGCUACGGCGGGGAAGGGUAGAGGUAGUCGUGCAGCGGAUGGAAACUCGGAGUAUGAUGUUUCUGGUAUUGAAUUGGAGGAUGAGGAGGACGAGGAGCUUGAGGUGCCCGUCUUUGAGACUUGUGAUCGAGUCAGGGACAUGAUCCGGAAGCAUGUUGCGAAGCCCAGGGUCACAAAGGCCGGGUUCCUGAGGGAUGCGGCCAAGGCGGCAUUCCCUGGGGGCGAGAAGACGAUCAACCCCGGUUUGCUGCAGGUGUCCCUCAAGCAAGAGGGCGCCCUCGUGGGAAACACGGGCAUAGUCUUCUAUGCGGCGUAUGUCUUCUUCGAGAAGUUGAGGAUCAAGAAUGGGGAGCCGAAGGAUGAUUUUCGCCUGACCAUGGAGGAGAUCUGGCCCUUUGGGAUCGAGCGAGAGAAGCCGGUCAACGGACCCUGGAUCGUUGCGACCGGAAGUCAGCCAUACAUCAACGAGUUUGGGCAACUUCGGGUCCUGCGAAAUUGUUAUCCAUAG